AUGCAGCGAAGCAACCGCAAAGCAGCAGCGACAGCACGGUCUCAAAUCACAACAUCAGCAAGACUGGUUUUAGAUCACGAGUCAGAGUCAGAGUUCAUCACUGAGCCUGCGCGCAAGACAGCCCGGUUCUCUGCUAAACCCCGCCAGAUCGCCAGUGAGUCGCCUGAGUGGUAUAUCGCAAUCGACUUCGGAACGACCUACACCACAGUCGCUUGGCACAAGCGCGGAACACAUACUGAGAGAAUCUACACGAUCGACAACUUUCCCGGAGAAAAAGAGCACCAUGAGACGCACAGGCAGAUUCCUACCGAAGUCUGGUAUCCGAAACGAAAUGCGCGGCCUUUCGGGAAUGUGAAGGCGCGCGACAUUCGCAUGCGCUUUGGCAAUGAGGUCCAUCGUAUGGCAGAAGACAAUGGAGGUCUUGAGCUCCGGGAGGUCUACGAUGACAAUGACCGUGUUACCAUGAUGAAGCUGCUCUUGGAUAAGACUAACUACGCGCAAGUCUCUAAGGAGAAGCUUCAUGAGACUCUCGAAUCGCUCAAGUCAAAGGGUUGUAUCGAAGAGAACCACGAUGUUUUCCAUCAUUUUUUUCGCGAAGUCUUCCGAGCGACGAAGGCACGCUUAAGCCCGGAUUUCAACGACGACAGCACUGUUGAGGUAACCUUCUGUGUCCCCGUGUGCUACAAUCCUGCUGCUGUCGCAAUUCUAGGUGCCCAAGUAGAACGUGCCAUGAGAGAUGUACGGUUUGGGACGGAUGGCAAAUCACCCUGCAAUAUAUUCGUUGUACAUGAGGCUGAAGCUCAAGCCAUGCAUGCGCUGACCAAUGCAAUGUAUGAGCUGGAGCGCGGAGAGAGCUUUGUUCUCAUUGAUUGUGGUGGAGGCACCACUGACGUUGGAAUCUACCGCAUCGCGCUGACCGAUCCGUUGCGACUUGAGGCUGAAGUGCACGAAGCUAUGGGUGCCAUGGUAGGUGCGGGCGAUCUAAACAACCAGUUUCGAACUCUUGUCAAAGGUAUCCUUUGCAAAGAGACGUAUCUGGAACAAAGUGGUGAUACACUCGACACCAUCGUAGCAGCUGAAGUCAUUUUCAAGUUUGAGAACGACAUCAAACGUGCUUUCCGGUACAAUGAUACCGAGACUACCUAUCCCAUCCGUAUCAGAGGUCUGAAACAGAGUUGGCGUGAUGACAGAAUCUGCGACAACUACUUGGUCUUGACCUAUCAAGAUAUUUGGAGCAUCUUUGGACCUUCUGUUAAAAAGAUUGGGGGUAUGAUGGCGGAUGCAGUCCUCAACGCUAAGAAAGCAGGGUAUAUAAUCAGUAAGAUUGUUGUUGUUGGAGGCUUUGGCGACUCUCCCUGCCUUCGUGAGUACUUUACCGAACAGAAGAACCGAAUGGUGAAGAAGUUGGGAAUACCGCUGAAGUUACGCUUUUCGGCGCCAAACACAAGUGCCACUGGUGUAGCCACUGGUGCAAUCCUGCGCUCGAUCAACAAAGCAGAUGGGCCAUCACGCAUCCCCUGUCAGAGCAUUGGCGUACUCCAUCAUAUCCCCUGCGAUCCUGAGAAUGAACAUUACACCCCCGAGAUCUUGAAUCAGCCGAAGACGUGGAUUUAUCAAGAGGGGCUUGACUACAUCAUGAACACCAUUCGUUGGAUCGUCAAGAAGGAUGAUAACAUGCUCGAGUCGGUCCACACCGUCACCUUUGAAUCUGAGCAUCUAUUUGAGCCCCACCAGAAAGAAUGGGUGAUCGAGGAGCAGCUCUGGGCAUCCGAGACUUGCACUUUGGACUUCUACCAGCUCGACCAUCCCAAAAAUUCCGGUAGAACGAUGGAGAUUGGCGCUGUUGAAUUUGACAUCAGCAAGAUGAGACAAAAGAUUCGGACCGCCAACAUAAGGGCAGAUGAGAUGGCGGACAAGGUAGUGAUCCUGGUGGAGAUGACGGUCAUUGAUCGCAACUUGGAGUUCACUGCUCGUUGGCCAGCGACCCCAGAUGGUCAGAUCAUCCAGGGAUCCCGCAGAUUCUUUAGUAUUGCUUCAGCAUUCACUCCUGGUACCCAAUAG